AUGGAAGACAAUUCAGCAACAAAUGAGGUGGUUGUAAAUGUAAACAAGGAUGUCUCUCAAACAAGAGAAGAUUCAGGCACCUAUGUUACAGUGUCUUUCUUGCAGAAGUUGGUAGCUGAGGUGAUAGGCACAUAUUUCUUGAUAUUCGCAGGAUGUGCUUCAGUGGUUGUGAACAAAAAUAAUGACAAUGUGGUAACACUUCCUGGGAUAUCAAUUGUUUGGGGUCUGGCUGUGAUGGUGUUGGUUUAUUCUGUUGGUCACAUAUCUGGUGCCCAUUUCAAUCCUGCUGUCACCAUUGCCUUUGCCUCCACCAAAAGGUUUCCCUUGAAGCAGGUACCAAUUUAUGUAGUAGCUCAGGUCCUUGGAUCCACACUUGCAAGUGGGACUCUGAGACUAAUAUUUAGUGGCAAGCAUGACCAAUUUUCAGGAACACUCCCAGCUGGGUCUUAUCUGCAAGCUUUUGUGGUUGAAUUCAUAAUCACUUUUUACCUUAUGUUUAUCAUAUCCGGGGUUGCCACCGAUAACAGAGCGAUCGGUGAGUUGGCCGGGAUUGCCGUUGGGUCUACCGUGCUGUUGAAUGUGAUGUUUGCAGGGCCAAUCACAGGGGCAUCAAUGAAUCCCGCAAGAAGCAUAGGACCUGCUUUUGUACACAAUGAAUACAGAGGAAUAUGGAUAUAUUUGGUGGCUCCAAUUCUGGGGGCUGUGGCUGGGGCAUGGGUCUACAACACCAUUCGGUACACCGAUAAGCCAUUGCGUGAGAUCACAAAGAGUUCCUCUUUCCUCAAAGGAAAUGGUGGCUCAAGGUGA